CCGCAGGGGUCCGACAACAGGCUGAAUCUCCGCUGAAAGGAUCACGCCAACCGCUGGUUGCCUGCGUCAGUAUGCUUCGCCCCUCCCUUAUUAAUUCCUGGCCAUUUCAGCACCUGUUGCUGGCCAUUGCUUUGGUGUUUCAUCGCAAUAAUGACUUCCAAUGCACCAUCUGAAUGCUGCAUAGCAGGACAUCUGCACGAGGGCAGGGCUAGUGGGAAAAUCCAAAAACUUGCCGACAUCUCAACGUACAUCGCCUAUCCACCUGACCGGUCGACGAAGAAUGCCAUCUUGUUCCUCACUGAUGGCAAUGGCCAUCGCUUCAUCAAUGCCCAUUUAAUGGCGGACCACUUUGCCGCCCGUGGCUUCCUCGUGGUUAUGCCCGACCUCUUCCACGGCGAUCCCAUCCCAGUCGACUAUAGGCCCGACUUUGAUAUUAUGGGCUGGUACAACCAACACCUGCCACCUAGGGUCGAUCCUAUUGUCGAUGCUAUACUAGGGGAGAUGCGCACUACCCUCGGCUGCCAGCGAGUCGGCGCUGUCGGGUAUUGUUUCGGCGGCAAAUAUGUGUGUCGCUACCUCAAAGCUGGCAAACUGAAUGCAGGGUUCAUUGCUCACCCAACCAUGGUGACUGUGGAGGAGCUGGAUGGGAUCGAAGGGCCGUUGAGUAUUGCAGCAGCCAUUAUUGAUCCUGUCUUCACCACUGCCAACCGCCACGAGAGUGAGGGGACCCUCGCUAGAGUUGGUGUCCCCUUUCAGAUAAACUUAUUCUCUGAUGUAGAGCACGGAUUUGCGGUCCGCUGUGAUCUAACACAGCCGAGGCAGAAAUUCGCCAAAGAAGCGGCAUUUGAACAGGCUGUGGCAUGGUUCAAUCGGUAUAUGAAGGAGUGACUGACUGGAGCCAGUCAACACUUGUUUCACUGUUCAGGUUGGACGACUGAGGCUAGACCCUCCCAUAAUGAUUCAUCGCAUGCUCAACCUUCAGCGGGUCUAUACAAGAAUUGAUGUCUAUAAACUUCCAUAGGUUAC